GAUGUCUUCGUACCGGAACGAUGAAGUGGCGCUCAGCUAUCACGAAUCGUGUCUCCGCCUGUCGGACGUGGAUCUGCUCAAGGGUCCGUACUGGCUGAACGAUCAAAUCAUCUCGUUCUACUUCGAGUACCUCGAGAAGCACAUAUUUGAAAACGAGCACGACCUGCUGUUCGUCAGCCCGGAAGUGACCCAGUGCAUACGGAUGGUAGCGCAGGACGAGGUCGGCAUCUUUCUGGAACCGUUGCGCGCCCAAGAGCGAGCGUUUGUGUUUUUUGCACUGAACGACAACCAGGCCGCGGAUCGGGCCGGUGGUUCACACUGGAGUCUGUUGGUGUUUUCCCGUCCCGAGAAAGCCUUCUACCAUUUCGAUUCGUCUCGCAAUGCCAACUCGGAAUACGCUCGCCAUCUGGUGACGGUGCUGAAGCGGGCCCUUUACUGCCCGGAUGCACAGCUACGCACCGGGGACUGUUUGCAACAGAGCAACGGGUACGAUUGUGGUGUCCAUGUGCUGUGUACGGUGGACGUGGUGGCACAGCAGAUUCGCAAAAGUGGCAAAAUCGAGGGUGUCCGUAGUGCCCGGUACGAUGUGAUACGCUCCAAGCGGGAGGAACUGCUGGGAAUUAUUGUCAACUUGGGUGGGCGGAUUAAGUAG